CGAAGCACUACCAACGUAAAUUGUGUUUCGCGUGAAUUGAUAAAAAAUAUUGUUUUAGAAAAUGUAUAAUUACGAGUGUGUUGUUUUGACUGUUACUGUUCAUGCGUUUAUUUAAAUUCAGUUUCUUUUUAUUUCUUGAAAAUUAAUUAAUUUACCUGUUGAGACGUGUUCAUUACAUAAUAUCGAGCUUGUAAACAACUUUGUUAUAAUGUUUGGAAUUGACGGAUUCCUUCGUCGUUGGAUGCUUGUAAACAGCAAUGCAAGAUUUAUAUACGGAAUAGAAUUAUUCUGUAUUUAAACGUGUGUUUGACAGUACAACCUUAUGGUGAUUAUUUCAGUGGCUAUUGUAGAUCAAAGCAGUGUCAUGUAGUUUGAUAUGUGUGGUCUCGUAUUUACUGCCCUCCAAUUAAUAGGGUUGUGCCUAAGUGUUUAUGUGAACAAAAGCAAUAUCUAAAGAUUGGAUAGACACUACCUACUUCUGUAUUCAAACAUGGCAUGUCUGAAUAAUGAUUAUCCAGAGCUUAAUAAAAACAACUGUUGGAAUAAUGCAGAAAAGAGGACUCAGAGUCAACCAAGGAGUUGGCCUUUACCCACAAAUUCAAAUGCCUCGUACAGUAAAGUAGCAAACAGUGGUACCAGAAGUAGGACAACAAAUGUCACUGGAAGAACUAAGCAAUGGAGAACACUAGAAGCAUCCAUUCACUUUUCUGAUCAUAAGGAAUUUAACAGUUAUGAUAAUAAAAAUUUAGAAGUAAACAAAUCCAACAAUAAUCAGUCCUUAAGAACGUUACAGAAUAGAUAUCAAUGUUUGACUAAUGUUAGUGAACCAUCAAGUCGCAGUGGAUUACAGAAGAGUAUUAAUAAUGAGCUCGCAACAGAUCAAAGUGUUAACAACUUUCAAGACACUACUAAUCAUACCACCGCAACCACUUCAGACACUGCCAAUGAUGUUACUUUUGAAGCAAAUUUGGAGGAAAAGCGGCGUCUGAGAAGAGAAAGACAAAAAGUAAAAAGAGAAAUGAAGAAGCAGGAAAAGGCCAUUCAGCGAGAGGAAGAAAUGAGAAAAAAGAGACUUGGCCCAAAGGAUCAAAAAAUUACCAUCAUUGAUCACAGUGUUUUGGACAGAUUCUUGGUGAAGGAAAGCACACCUGUUAAUAUAGAAGUUAGAAGUAACUUAUACAGUGGAUCUGAAUUCCCAACAUUAGGAGAAGUUACAUCAGCUGCUUCCAAAAGUUCAUCUAUCCGGAACCAAAAACGUAAAGGUAGCAAAAAGGAAACAGGAAAUUUUGGGAAUAUUGCUUCUGCUCCAGAAGUGCUUUCAGAACCACCUGUCGAAUUGAAAACUAGCACUGCUCAAACCAAUUGCAGAGAUUUGAGCCAUGACUCAAAGCUCUCUUCAUCUGAAGUUGCAACUGUUGCACCUAGAAAGAAAUCACAAGAGAAUCAAGGAAACAAAGAAACUAAUUGUGCAGAUGAUUCAAAAAAGGCAACAAAACUUGAUGACAAAUCUGCAGGAAAGAGACCUAAAAGACGGGAUCCUAUACAGCUUGAUAUCAAUGAAAUGUUGAAGGUGCAGGAGACCAAAGUUGAAGUUUCUGUGAAACAGUAUCCCAGUAAGCCUGUUCAAAAGGUAGAAACUGCACGAUACGCAGGAAAUAUUUUAGAUUCAGAUAAUCCAGAGAGGAAACGAGGUAAGCAGCGGGAAGUGCCCAAGGCAAAGAAGCCAACUCCUCUCAAGCAGAUAAUUCUGAAAGAACGUGAAAAGCGUAAGGAGAGCCAUCUCCAAAAGGCUUUCAACACUUCAAGCAAGGUUGAUGUCAAAGAUGAAAAUAAAGGAGAAAAUCUCUCAAGCAGUGAAAAUUCUAGCAAUGAUGAAGUAAGCGAAGUAAAACCAAUUCUCUCUGAUUCUUGUAAUGUGAAUAUUUCCAAGGCCCAAGAGGCAGUAAAAAGUGAACACAAGCUUAUGGAAUUAGAUCAUAUUUCUAUUGGUGUGGAAGAAACUGAAUGCAAGCAAAAUUUGACGGACGAAAAGGAGUGUAAAGAAAAAGAGAACAAAACUCUAGUAGAAAAGAAUGAAGAGGUUAUUAGAAUGGAAGAGAGGAAAAAAUUAAUGCUUUUACUAAAUGGUCAAGCAGAUGACUCUCUACGGAAGAAUGAAACCAAAAUUUCUACACCUAAAAUUCAUUCCCGCAAAUUUAGAGACUAUUGUGACCAUUUCAUAACUCCAGAUAUUCUGAGCACUGCAACUUCUUUACUUGAAGACAUUGUGAAGUUUCAUGAUCGUCAAUUUGCUCACAGUCCUUUGAAAGCAUCUGCCAAACGACGUCAUGUGACUGGUUUGAAGGAAGUGCAUAAGUUUUUGGCUCUGAGGCGUGUGCGCCUCUUAGUUAUUGCCCCUGAUUUGGAGCCAACAACUUCUUCAGGUGGCCUGGAUGAUUUAGUGGACAAGCUGAAAGGAUUAGCUGUUGCUAAUGAAGUGCCUUAUGUGUUCACUCUCAGUCGGAGACAUCUGGGUUACAUAUUAAAGAAGAAAGUGCCAGUGAGCUGUGUUGGAGUUCUAAAUUAUGAUGGCACUGAGCACAACUUUCGCAACCUGAUGACUGCUGUAGAGAAAGCUCGUCAGGACUACAAACAUCGAAUCGAGCAACUUAGACCAGUGUCACCAGCCUCAAGUAAUGAAACCGGCCAGAUUGAGGAGACGCCAUCGAGUGAAGGUGAUGUGAACAAGGAGGUUGUUGCAUCUUUAUUAGCCAAACUUGCUGGCCCUCCCUCUAAUGUGAAAAACACGGGGAAUUCCUCUCCAUUUUUGCAAGCUAUUGAACAAUGUGCUAACAUGGAUUCAUACUCUGAUGAGGAUCAAAAUGAAGAGUAAAUUAUUUCUAUGAUAAUUAAUGAAAAAUGUCUUCCAGACUAAGUUACAAACAGCAGAUGCUCAUUUAUUUGUAUUUAUGAAGACUGAUGUGGCAGGAAUUCUAGAUAUAAGUUUUGUAAUUAUUGUAAUUUUGCAUUUGCUCGAAACUGCCAGAGAAGAGUUGGUGAACAAAUCUUUGAGAAUCUACUAAACAUAUUGUAAAAUAUAUAACUGAUAUGAAAUAAUCAUUGUUUUCUAUUCAGAGAUUUAUUUGUUUGAAAUGUAUGUAUUUUUGUUACGGGUUUAAAUGUAAAUUAAACAGUGUUUUCUGACAUUUUUAUGUAAAUACAAAUUAAACAGAAAAAAAUAAGUAAAGUUUUUCAAUAGAUUUAAUUUAUGAAAACUUACUUUCUCUUAAAAAAGCUUUUUGGAACAAUAGUUUUGCCUUUUUUCAGUGUCAGAAGCUAUGUCAUGCAAUGUUACAUACUGCAAGUCUUAGCUAUUGUCAUUUAGACUUUUUUUAAAAUUUUAUUUAACAACCAAAAUAUUCAACAACUGUGUGAUGUGCUUAAGGGAGAAGUGUAAUCUGUGCAAUGAAGACAGGUAAGUAUUUUGGGCAGGAAAUGGUAAGAAAAUAUUUGCACCAGUGUAAUAAAAACUAUUUGCAAAUGCAAAUGAGCUACAGAUUAAUGCACAAUUUAAAAUGUAAUGUAAUUAGAAACAGUAAAAUCUUAGUUAUCCAAAGCUCCAGGUUAACCAAGAGAAAACCCUUGGCAAAAAAGGAACCAAAUAUUCCAAUAGAAAACGGGAAGGUGUAAAUAAGUAGCAGAAGUGGUAGUGAACCACCAUACCCACAGUGUGAUACUGUCAUCAAUUUCAGAGAACAUCAAUACCAUAGCCUUGGUUUUAGUUGUUUCUGUCUGUGACUGUGGUAAACAUAUUUAUUAAUUUAUAUUGUGUUCUGGAAUGUACGUCAG